UUAUCCAGAUAAUAAAAGGAUGAAAUAGUGGUCAACGAUACAAACUCCAUUCGAGACCUCAGUAGGGUUUUCACUCACCGACGAACUCACCGCUCGCGUCCAUGGCCACCCCCACCGCCUCAAUCCGCGUCUCCUCCUCUCUCCCUCCCAAAAAGUCCCUGAAAUCGUGCCUUCGCGACGGCGAAACGCUCUACGGGCUAUUCCUCCUCUCGUUCUCGCCGGAAAUGGCGGAGAUCGCCGCACUCGCCGGCUACGACUUCAUCAUCGUGGACAUGGAGCACGGUCCCGGCGGCAUUCGCGAAGCGCUCACCUGCAUGCGCGCAAUCGAAGCCGCCGGCGCCGCCGUGGUCCUCCGCGUGCCGGAUAUCUGCCCGACCUGGACGAAGAAGGCACUGGAUCUUGGCCCCGACGGAAUAAUGUUUCCGAUGACGGAGACCGGAAAAGCCGCCACCGAUGCGGUGUCGUAUUGCCGGUAUCGACCCGAGGGCGUCCGCGGAUGCGCGUACACCGUCGUGAGGGAUUCGAAGUUCGGGUUCGACGAGGGGUAUUUAGGUAAAUUAACAGAGAAGCUGCUGAUCAUGUGCCAGAUCGAGUCAGAGAAAGGAGUGAACAACAUAAAAGAUAUCAUACGAGUGGACGGGAUGGACUGCGUGAUGAUCGGACCGAGGGACCUGAGCGCGAGCCUGGGCUUGCUCCACGAUCCUGGCAACCACAAGGUGAAGGAGACGAUGAAGAGGGCGGAGUGGGCAGUGCUGGCCUCCAAUCCUGCCAAUGGCGGGGCUUACUUGGCCGGGAUGGCCACCGCACACGACAAGGCCGCCGAUCUCAGGUCACGUGGGUAUCACAUGGUGCUUGGAGCUGCCGACAUUUCCUUGUUCAAGCAGGCCGUGGUCGAGGACGUGAAGAGGUUCAGGCUUGCGCCCUAGAUUUUACAUAUCUGCCAUUGAUUUGACAUGUCUCCGUCCUAAAAAUACGAUGAGCAAAUAAAUGAAGUAUUUUUUUUUUGCAUAAUAAAUGGGUUAAAAUGAUAAAUUAAUUUGAAAAAAAAAUG